AUGGCCUCUGGAUCUUCGUCGUCACCUGGCUCCGAUACUUCCUGGUCCGCGAGGUCAUUCGAAACAGACGGCGGUGAGGCUCAAGUCUGCGCUGUUGUCCCCAGCACCCAUCAAAGUCGACGACCGACAUGGCUUCUGAGACUAACCUUCAGAGUACAAGACCUGAUCGACAGCUUCAGUUGGAUCAGAUUCGUUUACUACCUCUGUUCCUACUCCUACUUCUGUCUCAUGAUGUACCUGGCAUAUGUUGUUCUGCCCUUGCCUGGCCACUGGGACACCAAAUACCAAUCUGACAAGGUCCCCAUGGUCUAUCAAGACUUCACCAACUACUUCGGCGGCUUUCAGGGCUUCGCAGACUGCAACAUCCGAGCAAUCGAUCUCUACACCCCUCCGCAAGACGCUUCGAAGUACUGCUCUCGACGUGCAGAUCUGCUCGAAUCCAUGUCGCAGGGAGGUCGCAUCGGAUUUGAUACGCCAUAUUGGCCAAAAGACUGCCACUACCGGUGGUACACAGUUGCCGAGAUCUGCAUGAUUCUAGAACGCUUUGACACCGUCGUCUUCGUCGGCGACUUUAGUCUCCAAACCAUCUAUAACGGCUUCAACAUCCUGCUGCGUCAAGACCUCGCCUUUGGUGCUCUCAAGACGUGGGACAUGGACAACGACCUACUCCAACAAUGUCGAUGUGACAACCAGUUCAUCGUGCAGGCGUGUACCGGACACUUCGUUACUACCAGCGAGGAUGUCGUCAGAAAUACAAAUACCGCCGAACACAGCAGCCCGUACGCUUGUUCUCGCACUCCUCAUGCCUUCCUCCAGAUGGACAAGGCUCCGGCUUCCAACGACGUGCUUCAGAAGUUCAGAACCCUGGUCCCGCAAGUGCCUCAAUCGAACUACAAACCCGUCCCAGUCAUCCACUCACUGUCACCGACCACCUUGUCCGCCGAAGCGGCAGGAAGGUCCAUACUAGAAUUCCUCGCUUUGGCUGACGCUUCCAAGCGCAAGACACCGAUGCUCUGGAUCGGUCCAACGGCGGCGGGUCACAUUGACAUUAAGGACCGCAAGGGCAAUCAAGAGAUCUGGGACUUUGACAAGCAACUGGCACAUGUCGCAGCGCAGAAUGACAUCGAGGUUCUCAAGAUGUGGAACGUGACGGUCCAAGCGAGCAGCUGGGAUGGGUUGAGGUUCUCGGAGAAGGUGGCACUCACCCAGGCUAUGAUGGUGAUCAAUUGGCUCAGUCGGCUUGAAUCGAGUUGA